AUGCAAUCUGAACCAUUGUUAUGGGCUGUACGCAGGGAUCAGGUGGUUGCAUUUCUUGACAGCAUACUGCUUAAUGCAAUUAAGUCCUCCCCCCAUACCACACCACAGAAGAUUGCGAACUCGACUAUAAAACGUUUCGAUGCUCAUCUAAAGAUGACAUAUAAUAUCCGUGGUGAGGAAAGCGCUGCUGGUGGAGGUGAAGAAGAAGAAGAAGAUGAUGAAGAUGAUGAUGCAACAUUUGAUGUUAUUGAAGUUGAUGGUUACUCGACCUUGGUAUCUCACCACAGUGGUGACUGGCGUUGA